AAAAAGAAAUCAGAAUCAAUAUUACCAGAAAAAGCAACAACACCAGAAAAAACAACAGUAUCAGAAAAAGCAAUGAUAUCAAAAAAAAAGACCAGAAUUAAUGCUACUAAAAAAAGUGAUAAUACUAAAAAAAUAACAGCACCAGACAAAAUGACAAUAUCAAAAAAGUGA